AUGCCUCGAAGCCUGUUUUGGAGACAGUUCUCCGCGUUGAUGCGGAAGAAUGUGAUAGUGCUGUCGAAACAUCCUUGGCUCAACGUUGUCCGUUGUAUUCUUCUCCCAAUUGGGUAUGGAAUAUUUCUUGCAGCUGCGCAGUUCCUCCUUUUCAGGCCGAACAAUGAUGGUUUGGGAACAGCUGUUCCAGUACAGCGGCUUUCUGACCAGUACGAUGGCUCACUGACGCUCUUGUGGGCGGACGGCACGAAUGGUGCUGGCUCGCCAUCAGCGGAGGACAUCAUGGCGCAUAUCACGAGCGGCUUCAACCCUUGGCAGCUGAGCAACGUGCAAAAGGUUGAUUCGCCGAGCGACGUUGCUGCACACUGUCCGGAAAACUGGAGUGGCCAAUCCCAGUGCUUUGGUGCACUGAUCUUCAAUUCGCUUCCUGACUCCAGCAAUGUCAGCAGCGCUUCGCAGCCGUACAAUUACACUCUUAGAGUGGACUAUGGACUGGAGUACAUAAACGUCUUGAAGCACACGAGCAGCUAUGAGCAGCGGAUGAUACCUUUGCAAUGGGCCGUGGACAACGCCAUCAUCGAACUCACAACGAAUAUCUCCUUUCCGGCCCCUCUAGAAUGGCCGUUCACGCAGGAGACGAAUGCUGAGCAAGAUACAGAUGUCCGGCUGAGCUUCGUCAGGGGAACACGUAACCUCAUCGUCCUUGCGCUAUUCAUAUGCUAUAUCGGCAUCGCAUACCAACUGCCUGGGUCCGUCAUGUUCGAGCGGGCGACCCAGCUCACCAGCCACAUGAAAGCCAUGGGUCUCAUGGACUCUGCUCGUAUUAUCUCCUGGCACCUUACCAUAUCACUCAUUUAUAUUCCCGCAUGGACUCUCGUCUCGGUCAUCUGGCAUUUUCAGAUUUUCACAGGCACGAAUACUGGUCUUGUCUUCGCGAUCCAUCUUCUUCUGGGCCUUUCUCUGGCAAGCUGGUCAUUCUUUGCCUCCGUUCCGUUCGGAAGGAGCCCUCAGCUUGCAGCGAUUGCAUCCACAGUGCUGGCCAUAGGUUUCGCUGUUCUAGCUCUUGUAUUUCAGCAUGCUAGCACCGUUUCCGCAUUCAUCUACUCGUUGUUCUUCCCGCCAGGAUUUUACAUCUUCGCCAUCCGCGCCGUCUGCGGAUUUGAAGUGCACCAGAUACCAACGAGUGUAAUCCGACCGGAUCCUGAUAAUCAUUUGCGACUCCUGCCACUCAUCUUCGCAGCCAUCAUCAAUAUCUUCCUCUGGCCAUGCAUCGCGGUGUUACUGGAGCGAUAUUUGUAUGAUGCCCACAACCCCUCGAAGUUGUCUUGGCAUUUCUGGGGAAAGCAAAAGAGAGCGGUCGAGGAUGGCAUAUCAUCGCUACCAGCUGGCACCGCUAUUUCUAUUCGGAAUCUAGGAAAGGAUUUCAGGACAUCCACUUUCAGACGCAACAAAGGGGUGGUCACUGCAGUAGCAGACCUCAGUCUGGACAUUCCGAAGACCGGCAUUUAUGUCUUACUCGGAUCGAACGGAGCGGGCAAGUCUACAACAAUGUCUAUUCUUGCCGGGCUCCUGGGGCGCACACGCGGCACAGUACUCUUCGAGGGCGGGGCCGAACGUCCUCCGUUAGGGACGAUAGGCCUGGUCCCCCAGAAGAACGUGCUAUUCCCGGAGUUGACGUGUUACGAGACACUGCGCCUCUGGCAGGCAAUCAAACCCCUGAGCGAUUCCUCCAGUAAAGAGGACAUCGAGCAGUUGUUGCACGAUUGCGAUCUUGGCAAGAAGGUCCAUUACAAUGCGAAUGCACUCAGCGGCGGACAGAAGCGCAAGCUUCAGCUGGCGAUUGGGUUGGUGGGAGGGUCUAAAAUUCUUCUGGUGGAUGAGUGUACUUCCGGUGUGGACCCUUUGUCCCGCCGUGCUCUGUGGCGAACGUUGACGUCGGUGCGUCAUGAGAGAACGAUAGUUUUCACAACUCACUUCCUCGACGAAGCCGAUCUUCUCGCCGACACGAUCGCAAUUCUUGCAGCGCCAGGGAAGCUGGUUGCACAGGGCACUCCGGUCGCUUUGAAGUCUCAACUGGGUGAAGGGUACGCUGUGCAUGUGACCUUCCCUGACGAUCUCGAGGAGGGUUCUGCCGAGCCAUCGGAACUCCUUGAGCGCAUCUGUCUCUUAGCCCCUUUCGCCUUCAUUUCCACUUCCACACCGAAUGGAACAUCGUAUCAGCUGAGGUCAAGAGACUCCUCAAUAGUGCACGAAGUUUUGAAGAUGCUCGAGAUGGAACGAGAAGAGGGUUUCAUCGACUCAUAUUCCGUUCAGAGCGCGUCCAUUGAAGAUGUAUUCCUCACCCUGAUGCACAGCAACACAGAGACUCAAUCCGCUACGAAGGAGAAGGUGUACGAUGCGACGCUGUCCGAAGGCAGCUUUCCGAUAUUGGGAUUGACCAACGGCCGUAAAAGGUCGCCGGUGGGACAGGCUUUAACAGUGUUCCAUAAGCGCAUACUCAUCGCACGACGCAGCUGGCUCACACCUCUGCUGUUGGUCCUCAUCGCCGUGGGGGGCGCCUGUGCGCCCUUGUUCUUCAUCUCUGGUCUGCCUGCCCAGACAUGCGUGCAGGCCUUCCCGGACGUCGAAAGCCUGCCAUUGUAUGCGCCGUACUCGCCCGUGGUGAACCAAGCUGCAAAAUACGGCAUCUUUGGUGCUCAGGUCCUCGCCUCGCCGCCUGGUAUCCUGUCGACGCUUGGGCGGACUAUGGAGACGGUGCCAGUGUACAACAUCAGCAACAAUGCGACCUUCGUCGAACAAGUACACCAAAAUUACUUGAGCUUCCCUCUCGGAGGCGUUUCGUUCGAUCUGGACUCGAGUUCAGCGCUCGUUGCAUGGCAGGCUACUCCUCCUGGGUUUACCAGCUUAACCAUGCUAAAUCUUGCAUCAAAUGUCUUUUUAAAUCAUGCUGUCAACGCGUCAGGGAAAGGCAUUGGGGUUCCGCGGCUCAUCAUGGCCAAUCUCCAGCGCUUCGCAAAGUUCAAUUUUGGAGAGACGCUGGAUACAUUGAAAUGGGUUGCAUUCUAUGGUGCUGCGAUGUCGGCCUUCCCGGCGUUCUUCUCGCUGUAUGUUUCGAAGGAACGGCGCUCUUCGGUGCAGGCUAUGCAGUUCUCCAACGGCCUGUCCAAUCCGGUGGGGCUGUGGCUAGGACAUCUCAUGUUCGACUCAAUAUUCUCCCUCAUCGUCGCGACUGUCAUGAUAAUCAUCUUUGCUACGGUUUCUACGCAGUUUGCUGGACUUGGUCUAUUCUGGGUGGUGCUUGUCCUGUAUGGCGUUGCCGCAGCGCUCUUUUCUUAUUGUGUAUCCCUGGCGGUGAACUCCCCCCUUGCGGCAUUUGCACUCUCUGCUGGAUACCAAAUCGUCACAUUUCUUCUCUAUUUCGCCGCCCACCUUAUAAUCGUGACAUAUGCAAAUGUCUUCGACAGCUCGCGUGAUCUCAGCAUCAUUCAUUUCACGCUGUCCGUUACAGCUCCUGUAGUCAGCGCCGUGCAUGCCGCAUUUGUGUCCGUCAAUCUGUUCUCGUUGCUCUGUGACGGCAACCAACCUGCCACUUUACCGUCAAUGGGCCAACUCUCUCGAUUCGGAGGGCCUAUUUUGUACCUCAUCGGCUAUAGCUUCGCGCUAUUUGCUAUCCUAGUUUGGGUGGACUCUGGGUCCAUACGCCCGCGUCGUCUCAAGUCGCAUAAGCGGGAUUCUACCACAACGAAGCUCGCCUCGGGCGUGGAAGAGUUGCGCGCCGCCUGUAUUCGCCGUCAUGAUGUGGAUGACGAAGCAGCAGCGGCCGCAAAGUCCAACGACGCACUGCGUGUGUUGAACGUCGUCAAGGCGUAUGGCAGCCCGGGAAAUAAAGUUGUGGACGAUGUGAGUUUUGGCGUACCUAAGGAUACGAUCUUUGCGCUUCUUGGGCCGAACGGUGCGGGCAAGACGACAACGUUCAAUAUGAUUCGCGGUGACGUAAUCCCGAACGAAGGAGACGUACUUAUCAACGAUGUAUCUAUUGUUAACCAACCAAGAGCGGCGCGCCUUUCACUCGGAGUCUGUCCGCAAUUCACCGCAAUAGAUACUGCGUUGACAGUCAGGGAACAUCUGAUGAUUUACGGACGUCUCAAGGGAUUAUAUCGAGGCGAAGAGGUGCAACGCAACGUCCACGCGCUGAUGCAUGCUACUUCGCUGGAUAUGUAUGCAGACCGUUUGGCUACGAGCCUAUCCGGCGGCAACCAACGCAAGCUGGCAUUGGCAAUUGCUCUGAUCGGUAACCCAUCAGUGGUGCUCAUCGACGAGUUCUCGACCGGUAUCGAUGCAAAAAUGAAGCGCGAUAUGUGGGCCACGUUGAGGACUGUAGCUAGAGGGAAGGCUAUUGUAAUAACAACACAUUCUAUGGAGGAGGCUUCUGCUCUGGCCAAUAAGGUCGGAAUCUUGGCCAAGAAGAUACUUGCUGUGGGGACCACCGAGUCUUUGGCGGAGCGCUAUGCAACGUAUGAAGUCCACUUCUCCUGCCGCAGUCGGGAGGAGGUGGCCCUUGCCGAGAAGCUCAUGGCCCAGGUCCCUGGCGCACGUAUGGCGGACGACGUAGCGACGCGCUUCGAGGUUCCCAUUGGACAUGGAAUGUCGCUGGCAAAGCUAUUCGGCGUACUCUCGGCACAGAAGGAUUUCGAGUAUACAGUGGAGAGAGCGACGCUCGAGAGCGUGUUCUUGAAGGUGAUCAGGGAGAACGAUGUCCUUGAAGAGGAUACGGCGUCACGGACACGGAGAUGGUGGAGAUUAAUUUUCUGA